AUGGCCAGCAAGUCCUUCACGCUCCGGUGCCCAGGCGCGGUGGGCACUGCGUCCCGUCGUGCUUGCAAGGCUCUUGCAGGACUCCGUGGCAAGGGUGGGUGGAUUGAGUUUCACGCGCCGUUGGCGGCGGGGUCUGGAUCGCUGCGCCUCAACCUCGGGCCCGACAAGAAUGGCAAGCAUAUCGAGACGGAGGUGCAGCUCAAGAAAGCUCAGGCGGCGCUGGCUGAUGCCUUUGCGGGGCGGCCGUGGUUCGUCAGCCGCGAGAAGGGCAAGCUGUCGACUUCGUGGACGAUGGUGGAGAAGGGG